AUGUGCAUUGCAAGCAAUAUGCAGCAGGAUGUCCUUGGAGUCUCCGUAUUGUCCUCCGACCGAAUCUCAGAUAUUGACUGGUCCAGUAGAUUCAACAAGAAAAUAUGGUUACAACAUUGUGAUAGCGGUCGCAGGCUUGGGCACAUUACAACAAAGCUCUCUGAGUGCAUGAAAGCUGUUUUGAAAGGUCUUGUGAUAAUUGAUGAUUUGAUUACUGCAUUAUCGUCCUUUUGCACCUUUGUUGUCAAUUCAUAUGUAGAUCUUAAUGAUGCUUACCUGGGUAUCCCUUCAAGUGUCCCAAGCUACAGAUUACUCCUGAGAAUGGCUUAUCCGAGAGUGACACUGAUAAACUAUUGUCACUCCUCCAUGAUCAGUUGGAGGCAGGGAAGCAACUUUCAACUCAGCGAGGCUAUCUUUGCUUUCGACCAAAACAUAUUAUUAAUCUUGAGUGCGAGGGUAUGGGAAUGUGAAGGGAGAAGGAAGAAGGAAGAAGGAAGAAGGGAGAAGGAAGCAGGCAAAAACCUUGGUACCGUAGCAGAGCACAUAGCGUGGGAAACCCCAAAUGCAGCUGCAGCAGCAACAACUUGUUCUCUCUGUGUCUCGUUUGCACUCCGCCCUCGCCCUCCACCUUCCACUCUCCUCCUCUUACCCUUUGCGGCAUCUCCUGACAAAGAGAUAGCAGCGGAGAAAGUCUUGAAGGAAUUUCAUGCCACAAUUGAAAAUGUGGCAGCAUCAAGUGUCAAAGGUUAUGCUGCAUAUAUUGAUAAGAUGUGCAAGAUUGGAAAUUUUUCUGCUGUGAGUCAAAUGCUACAAGCUUUACAAGACAGGAACAUUUCUGUUCCCCCUAAUGUGUAUAUUGUCUUGUUAGCAGAGGCAAGUCAGAAGAAUGACAUAGACCUUUCGUGUCAAGCCUUCAAGAAAUUAUUGCUGUCCUGUAAAUCCCCAAGUGCAUCUUCAUGUCUUAGUUUUGCCCAGGCUUUCACAAAAGCCAAUGGUUGUAUCGAGCUACUCAGAUUCAUUGAAGAAGUAUCAGAAAUAACUUGUUCGAGUACAUCAUUUGUAAACAAGAUCAUUUUCGCCCUUGUCAAAAGUGGACAGAAGGAUAAGGCCUUGGUGAUAUUUGAUUAUCUUAAGAGUCGUAACUAUAGUCUUGACUUGGUCACAUAUAAUAUUGUUCUAGAUAUAUUGGGCCGUACAGGUCGUGUGGAUGAAAUGCUUGAUGUGUUUACAACCAUGAAGGAAGCUGGUUUUGUUCCGGAUAUUGUUUCUUAUAAUACUGUAUUGAAUGGCUUGCGGAAGGCGGGAAGAACAGACAUGUGUAUUGUGUAUUUUAAGGAAAUGAGUGAGAAUGGCAUCGAACCGGAUUUGCUUACAUAUACUGCAUUAAUUGAGAGUUUCGGCAGAUCAGGAAAUGCUGAGGAAUCUUUGAAAUGCUUCAGGGAGAUGAAACUGAAGGGGAUCCUCCCUUCAAUAUACAUCUAUCGAUCUCUAAUCAAUAAUUUAAACAAAUCAGGAAAGGUUGAGUUGGCAAAAGAGCUUCUAGAGGAGAUGAAUUUGUCUUCUACUCGUCUAGCUGGUCCCGAAGAUUUCAAGCAUAAAAGAAGACAAAGAAACAGGCUGGCCGAGGGUCCCGAAGUUCGUUAGUUAUGUUGGUAUGCUGUUCUCUGUCAUUUCUUAGUUGUAAUAGCAUUGCCAUAGGAAGCUGACCCUCAUGCAUGUCUUUGAGGUUGAAUUGUUAGAUAUGUGCAAAGGAAAAGUGUAAUAUUGAAUAUUGAUCAAUUCAUUUUGUUCUUUACUUAUUGGAAUGAUCAGCUAAUUUGUUGAGGCACAUAAUGAAUUUGCUUCUUCCAACA